AGACCAGCGUCCUACCAAACGAAUCUUUUCUCUACGAAACGCCACGAAGAUAGACUUAAACGCCAGUGUUUGCAUUUCUGUUCUUUAAAGAUCUCCGUCCGUUGGCUCUCAUUUUCUUAUCUAAUCGAAAUGAAACUGAUUUACUAUUUGGUGAGGAAGUCUCAUAUCUUCAGAUACGCAAACUGCCGCAGCUUUGCAAUACUCUGCAGAACUGCAAGACGAUGAAGCAUGUACCGGAUAUUACAGUAGGAAAACGAGUAACAUCAUUGUAAAUGACUGAAAGAAUUCGUUUAUUCGGAAAUAUGUUACAAUAACAUUUUUCAUUCCAUCUCAAUUAUGGUCACUGUGUUGUUAUAAAACUUACCUUGCGUCUGCUUUAAAAACACUUUAAUGAUGUCCAAACAAAUUAAAGAACUGUUUGUAUUAAUACAAACAAUGGCCAUUCUGUUAUUGUCUGAGGAAAUACCGAAUAAGUACAAAAAUAUCCCGGAGUGUUACUCAAACUGCAGUUUUGAAGAUCGUAAAAUGCCAUCUAAAACUGAUUUCAAUAAAUUAACCUGGAGUCAUCCGAAACAAGAUAUUGUGAAGAUUAAAGAAAAUCAGAUUAGUUCCAAGGAUGGAAUUGCAAAUGGAUCAAUGCAUAAUCCAAAAAAUAAGUUUAUGAAAGUCCCACGGAGACUUUAUCAAACUCCACAGAUAUACUUAAAAAGAAGAAGGCGUGAUGCAGAAAUAAAUAUUUACAAAGUAGCUGCUUUGUUAGCAAAACACAAAUACAGAGGAACGGAUCCUCGUCGUUUAAGCUCGGUCAAGAAAUUAUAUCAGCAGUUUCCAAUGCCUCCUGUAAUGCACCCAAUGGUAAGGAAAGCUUGCGAAUUGGGAUUGAGAAAAUGUAUCAAUGAAAUUGCUAACUUUCAGAAUUUUAGGAGGGCAUCAAAGCUAUCAAACUUCUCUAAAACAGAACAGUUUGAAUAUUUGACUACUGCUUCUUACUACAUGUGCUGGUUUACUAUGUUACGCAAAGAGCUUCUUCGAGAAUUGGACAAUUAUAACCAUUACAGUUUCAAGUGUUUACACUUCAACAUUCUUCAAGAGUCAAGAAAUAGUUUGAGAUCGAUACUGAAAAAAUCAGUGAAACCACCCAUUUUUGACAUCCGAUUGAUAAAAUACAGACGACCUUUUCUUUGCGCGGAACUGAGUUUUUGUCCAGAUCCUUGCUAUGGGGGAAAUACCCAAGGAAACAUUUUAGAUAUAGAUAGUGAUAGCAGCAACCCAUGCUCUCUCUUCCCAGAUUCAAGAUGUCUUGUAGAUCAGAGCAAGAACAUAAAUUUCGUACAUCUGAUGCACAAUAAUUUGAAUUAUAGUUGCAAUUGCCACCAGAUGAGUGAAGGUUUUACGUGGGAUAAAGAAUUGAGAUAUUGUGUUGACUUAGACGAAUGUGCUGAAGGAAUCCAUAACUGCCCUCCUCAUAUGAAAUGUCAAAAUACAGUUGGUAGUUUCAAUUGUCUUUGUUCCUGGGGAUACCGUUGGAAUGGGGAAACUUGUACCGAUACACCAAUACCUCACCUAAAACCGGAUGAUGCGCUGCCAGUAAAGGUAUCACGUAAAAUGCAGCAGAAUAAACGAUAUCAAACUUCUGGCGAACAAAGCAUAAAAAAUCAACACUAUUUGAAAACAACAAUUCCUAUUUUUAUUUAUCUUACUGGGAUAGGAAUAUAUAGUGUCUAAAAUAACUGUAAUAUUAAAGCAUGAAAAUAUUUGAAAGAAAUUUAUAUAUCAUCUAUUUACAAUGAAUAUGUUGUUUUCAUCCUUGUUGCUGUUGUGGUUCAUUAAGAAAACAAGAUAAAGAUUUAUAGACAAGAGUCAUUUGUUGUUCUUAAACUCCAGGCCAGAUAUCGUAAAGCUGAACAACAGUCAAAAGAGUACUUGCUGGGACCAUCCAUCUUUUCCCCCAGGCAGAAGUACAUUAUCAAAUGUAUCGUUCCUUUUUUGAUAUAUUAAGUAGAGUGUGGUUUGUGGAAAGUUUGACCGUAAUUUCUAGUAAGACGCACGACCACAAAGAGGAUUCCUCUUUAGCUUGCAGCUCUUGCUUUAUUCCCCACGUUACUGAUUGAUCUGAUUGAUCUGAAUGACUAAAGUGCACGCUUGAAAAAGAGUAUAAUGACAAUAGGAUCUCUAGAGCGACAGUCUGAUUCACUUAAAAAUAAUCGAUUAAAGACAGAAAAAUCUUGAAGUGUGAGUGAGAGAGAGAGAGAGAGAGAGAGAGAGAGAGAGAGAGAGAGAG